UACCACCUGGUUCGUAUACGUGAGGGGGAUGAGUGGAAGACAGCUUUCAACACGCCCACGGGACACUUUGAGUACCGGGUCUUACCAUUUGGUCUGACCAACGCCCCAGCUGUCUUCCAGGCCCUGGUUAACGACGUGUUGAGAGACAUGGUGAAUCAAUUCGUCUUCGUGUAUCUUGAUGAUAUCUUGAUAUUUUCCCCAUCUCUGCAGGUACACACUCAGCAUGUUCGCCAGGUGUUACAACGGCUGCUGGAGAACCAGCUCUAUGUUAAGGCGGAGAAGUGCGUUUUCCAUGCCCAGUCGGUUCCGUUCCUGGGGUUCGUUGUUUCGGCAGGGGAGAUCAAAGCCGACCCCUGUAAGGUAAGGGCCGUUGCCGAGUGGCCAGCUCCUGACUCUCGUAAAGCUCUGCAGCGGUUCCUGGGGUUUGCCAACUUCUAUCGGCGGUUCAUCCGGAACUUUGGUCAGAUUGCUGCACCUUUAACGGCACUCACCUCUCCCAAGACCCUGAACGUCAAUUCAUUGUUGAGGUGGAUGCCUCAGAUGUCGGUGUGGGCGCGGUCCUAUCUCAGCGGUCACACGAAGAUGGAACCCGAAGCUGCGGUCCCGUCUGCUUUGGCUUUUGUCCGACGGUGUCGACGCACCUGGAAGAAAGCUAAGGCGGCCUUGGCCCAGGCUAGUAGGCGGACCAAAGCAGCGGCCGAUCGUCACCGGACUCCUGCCCCCCGCUAUGUGUGUGGUCAAAGGGUAUGGCUUUCCACCAAGGACCUGCCUCUCAGGGUAGCCUCACGCAAGUUGGCACCCAGGUUCAUUGGCCCAUACCGGAUCACCAAGGUCCUGAGUCCGGCGGCGGUGCAGCUCAAGCUCCCUACCACGCUUGGUCGGGUACACCCUGUUUUCCAUGUUUCCAGGGUUAAACCUGUGUUCCAUUCCCAUCUUGUUUCAUCUGCCCCAACCCUCCCUUCCCCCCGUCUAGUGGAUGGCUCCCCGGUCUAUACGUUGUGUUCCUGA